AUGAGUCCUCAAGGGAAACGAUACGACUCGUACCUGAGUCACUCCUCCAUCCAAACGUGGGAAACCCAAUCAAUGAGCAGACUGUUCAUCCAUGCCGGCCAUCUAGCCAGGUUAAUCGCGAACGACCCUCAAGUUACUGCUGCGACUGUGCGCUACAGACUAAUUGGUCAACUGUUAGAGAUCAUAACUGUUGAGGAAAGCCUAAGAAAACAAGGGUACGUAUGUGAACUGCAAGUGAAAGAUCUACCCGAAUUUGGAAGACGCGAACUGCAAGAAACUGUCAGAGCAGUCGUUGGAGAGAGCAUUUACAUAUCUCAGAUGGCAACCGGUUGUCGUGGCCACCAACCUCUACGAGGAGCAGCUGUGAGCCUCUGUCUUGGUGUAAGUUUACUGAACGAUGCUACGAGUGUGUUUGAAGUAUUAGACAUUCAAGUACUGACUACGAAAGAGAUUGAAAGGCUACAUUCCUUUGUUCAAUCUACUAUGGGAGCUCAAUUUGUUCAAUGA